AUUUUAUUGUCCAUGUAGGAGGUUAGUUUGAACGAAACGUCAAAAUCAAGUACCUCAUACUAUGAGGUUAAAAUUUAUAUAAUUAAAAUUAUCUUACCAAAAUGGCAAAUACUUUAACUAACGUGCCCGUAUCAAAGAUUAUAAAAAAUAAAAGCAAUUUCGAAGAUGAACCGAAGAAGAAAAGUCGAGAAGAUUGGCGGAAAGCUAAAGAGUUAGAAGAAGCAAGGAAAGCUGGCACGGCACCAGCUGCAGUAGAUGAAGAAGGCAAAGACAUUAAUCCACACAUUCCACAGUAUAUCAGUGCUACACCAUGGUAUUUUGGAGCACAAGGGCCUACUUUGAAACAUCAAAGACCACAGCCUGAAAAACAAAAGAAUUACAGCGGCAUAGACGAAUGGUAUAAACGUGGCGUAGACUCAUCUAAAGUAGCAACAAAGUAUCGUAAAGGAGCAUGUGAAAAUUGUGGAGCAAUAACUCAUAAGAAAAAGGAAUGUAUGGAACGUCCACGUAAAAUUGGCGCAAAAUACACGAAUGCAAAUAUAGCACCAGAUGAAUUUACUCAACCAGAAUUAUCGACGGAUUACGAUGGCAAAAGAGACAGGUGGGCUGGGUAUGAUCCUUCGCAGCAUAGAGCCAUUGUUGAAGAGUAUCAAAAAAUUGAAGAAGCAAAACGACAAAUGCGUGCAGAGAAGUUAAAUGCAGAGGAAAAUGACGAACAAGAUUCUGAUAAAGAUGAGGAUAAAUAUGUUGACGAAGUUGAUAUGCCAGGAACGAAAGUGGAUUCCAAACAACGUAUUACUGUUAGGAAUCUACGAAUUAGAGAGGACACAGCAAAGUAUUUGAGGAAUUUAGACCCAAAUUCGGCGUAUUAUGAUCCCAAAACGAGAUCAAUGCGUGAUAAUCCUUAUACUGGCACAGAGAGAGAGGUCGAUUACAAAGGUGAAAAUUUCGCACGUUUUUCAGGAGAUACACAACGACAUGCAAACGCUCAGCUGUUUGCAUGGGAAGCACAUGAACGCGGUGUUGACGUUCAUUUACUUGCCGAACCUACAAAAUUAGAAUUACUUAAACAAGAAUAUGAUAAGAAGCGUGACGAACUGAAAGACAAAGCUCGUGAUAGCAUAAUUAACAGAUAUGGCGGUGAAGAGCAUUUGGAUGCUCCCCCACCUUCUCUUUUAUUAGCACAAACAGAACAAUACGUUGAAUAUUCUAGAUAUGGAAAGAUUAUAAAGGGACAAGAUAGACAAAUAAUUAGGUCCAAGUAUGAAGAGGAUGUAUAUCCAAAUAACCAUACUUCUGUUUGGGGUUCUUAUUGGCAUGCUGGUAAAUGGGGAUACAAAUGCUGCCAUUCGUUUCUAAAAAAUUCAUAUUGCACGGGAAACGCAGGUAAAAAAACAGCCGAAGCAGUGGCUAUUGAAACUAAAAGGCCAAUGCACGAAGAAGAAAAAUCCAAUAUAAGAACAAUGAAUUUGUCUGAUGAAAAAUCAGAAAGUAAUGACAGUUCCUCAGACGAGGAAGAGAAAGUAUCGAGAACGAUAAAGUCAAAGUCAUCUAAAAGAAAGGAAAAGAAACAAAAGCAGAAAGAAAAACGAAAGAACAAGAAAAAGAUUGCUAGAUUGCAAGAACAAGAUAAAUUGCAGCAAGCAUUGCAGAAGGAAGAAGAAAAACAAAAAGAAGCAGAAAGGCUACUGCAGAUGAGUGAAAGAAAGCGUCCUUAUAACAGCAUGUAUGAGGUUAAAGAACCAACAAUGGAUGAAAUUGAAGCAUUUCAGAUGAAACGACAACGUGAAGACGAUCCGAUGGCAGAAUUUCUUAAUAAAUAAUUUUUAGAAAUUAAUGAUUCCUGUAAAUUUUUCUAAUGUAUCAAAAAAUUUAGUGUUAGUAUGUUUAAAAUGUAACUCAAAUAUAUAUAAGAUUGAUUCAUUUUAUAUAAAAAUGUAAUAUAAGAAAAGAGAAUAUCUUGUACAGGUUAACGUAUUUAAUAAAUCACGUGAAAAAUUGUAGUGUUGGAAUUUACGAGAUUUUGAGUAGCGAAUAAAUUUUUAUUUAUUCCCUCGGA